GCUAACGUUGGCAAACGCCAGAGCGAGGCCAAGCGGCGUUAGUGAGUUAGCUGACGCUCCCGAAGCGAUUAAAUAACAGUUCCACAAACCGAAUCCAAUCCAGAAAAUAUUGAGGUGUGUCUGGGCGUGAUUUGAUUCGACUUCGCGUGUGAAAUUACUUAAACCCCUCGAAAUCAUUGCCAUCAUGGGAGACAGAGAAAGAUCGCCUCGGCGAGAACGACGCGGUGGUGGGGGUGGAGACCGCGGAGAUGGUGGUUCACGGGGCACACCCGGUGUGCGGAAAGCGCCCCCAGAGCGCCGUAUCUUUAUCUCCAACAUUCCCUUCGAUAUGAAAUGGCAGGAGGUCAAGGACUUGUUCCGACAACACGUGGGCACCGUCACUUACGUGGAGCUUUUCAACGAUGCCAAUGACAAACCCCGUGGAUGUGGGAUCGUUGAGCUCUCCACCGAAGAAAUGGCCAAGAAGGCUAUUGAGAACAUGCACCGUAUGGACUUCAAAGGACGCAAGCUGGUUGUCAAAGAAGAUUUCGAUGUAGAGCGGGACAAACAUGGACGCAUUAUCCGGACCAUCGACGGCGGUGGAGGUGGAGGAGGAGGUCGUGGUCGAAGCGAGCGCAGUGAACGUAGCCGAGACAGAAGCAUGCGAGAGGAUCAUCGUGAUUCAUCCAUGGGCGGGGGAGGAGGUGGAGGUGGGGGCGUUCCACCUAACAGCAAUACCUAUGGUCUUUCGCCAGAGUUCCUUCACUCCCUUGGUAUCGAUUGCCCUCUUCACACGCGAUUAUUUGUGGCUAACUUGAGCUACUCUGUGGAUGAGAAAAAGAUGCGAGAAGUGUUCCGACUUGCCGGUCGCGUGGUUUCCGCUGAACUGAAUCGCGACAAAGAAGGCAAAUCUCGUGGUCAUGGCGUCAUCGAGUACACUCACCCUGUGGAAGCCGUGCAAGCCAUCUCUAUGUUCAAUGAGCAAAUGCUCUUCGACCGAAAGAUGACCGUGAGAUUUGACAAGCAGCCCGGAACCACGCCCGAGGAGUUGGAUCAAUUACCCAAUCGUUUACCUGAAGGCCUUCAUGGUGUGGGCAUGGGACUUGGUUCCGGGGGUAAUCCGUUGACGAACGUGGCUCAGAACUUGCCCUCAGCUCAGAACAAUGCCAAUAACAUGUCGGGUAACGGAGCUGACUUGGGAAGCAAUCUUAAUCUUCAAGGCGUGGCGGCACUUGCCCAGCAAUUAUCCAUGGUCAACAACCUCCAAAGCGGUGGUGGUCUCUCUAACAACCUCGUGGCCAAUCUUACUGCCGCCCUGACUAACGCAAACGCCUCCAAUUCAGCCGUCAUGCCCAAUAACAUGAGUGCACCCGUUGGUAUGAAUGCGGGCGCUGGAGCUGGUGGCAUGGGAAGUGGAGGCGUUGGCAUGGGUGGCAUGGGCAGUAUGGGAGGAAGUGGUGGCUCUUCCAUGGGAGGAGGAGUGGGAAUGGGCUCCGGUAUGGGUGGCCCUGGUAUGGGCUCUGGCAUGGGUCCAGGCAUGGGUCCAGGUCCUGGUAUGGGCUCGGGUAUGGGUUCCAGCAUGGGCUCAAGCAUGGGCUCGUCGAGUGGGUACAACACCGGGGGUGCCAGUGCCGGGUACGGUGGUGCCGGGAGCCGCGGUGCCUUAUCAGAUGGCCCCAGUGGAAUGCCCAGGCCUGCAGGAGUGAUAGGGGGCAAUGGUGUGAGCUCCUCAGGCGGCUUGAGAGGCACGGAUACGAUCCUCGUUAGAAAUCUGCCCUUGGACUGUAAUUGGCAAUCUUUGCGCGAAGGAUUCAGCCAUUGUGGCGAUAUCAAGUAUGCGGAGAUGAAAGACCGAGGAACGGGUCUCAUCCGAUUCAAUUCAGAGCGGGAUGCCGAGAGGGCUGUUUCCGUCAUGGAUAAACAAGUAAUUAGUGGAAGAACCAUUGACGUUCGUCUCUACUAAGCACCAAAGGUAUUUUUAGAUGUUCCAUCCUACUACUCCUCGUCGUCCUGGUCGUCCACCUCCGUGUGUGUUGAUCGCGUUGCAAGUUCGAAGUUCCAAGGAUUGAUUUGACUGAAAGAAAGAGUCGAGAGUCUUCUGGCUCCUGACGCUGCCACAGCUUUUUGAUUUGCCCGUUCCACCAAUUGAAAGGCCCGCUAUAAGGGUCGUCAUCGAGCAGAUUUCAGCUCUGCUUCAUCCGCGUUUUUGGUCGCUUGGCGGUCUAUUGUUUCCCAAGUAUGGUUCAUUGAGCACCUUCUUUCGCUUUCUGAACUUUUUCUUCAUCACCCCCUUCUCCCGUGUAUUGCUUUGACGAGAUAGUUCCCGAGAAUGACUUCGUUUCCUCAUCCACCGGAUUCAAUUCCGAAAUUCAGUUCCUUCCAGUUUUGUAAAUGUGGAAUCUAGUAACAAGAAUUGUGUGAAAUAUACUUUGCUGUGGUGGCACAA